AUGGCCAACGAGGCACCAGUGGGCUCUCGGGAGGAAGCGCUCCUCCAGCAGCUAGAGAGAGAGAGAGCCCUUCGACGACAGGCAGAGGACGAGAAAGAAAGAGCUGAAAGGGACAAUGCGAGGCUCCAAAAACAGUUACAGCCAACUACCCUUCCCGAAUUUUUGGACGCCUGCCAUGUGUACCUAUCCGUGGGCUUUUCCUCACGUAUAAACUACAAGACCGGAACACAAGGAAACCCUGAAAAUGCAUAUCUGAAACUUCGUCCUGACUAUAUCCGGGAAUGGACUACAUUCUCCCAGGAGCAAUCCGAGGUGUGGAGAGAUCUCUUUAGCGUUGACUUUGCCUCAGAGCCCCAUUUCACCUCCUUGAACACAUUGAAAGAAAUGGGCAACGACUUGCAAGUAAGGUCAAUGGGCUCUGAGCUAGAUCUUAAUUACUACGAACGCUAUGCUGUCGAGGACCGUGUCUCGCUUAUCAUCCGGAAUCUCUUCUCAGAUGACAGACUCCGCAAGAUAUUCAACCUCGGAGGAGAUGUAACGUUUGAGAACCACGGAAAUACCAUAACUACAGAGGAACGGGGCGCCGAGACGACCGCAAAUCCAGAUAUUGGCUCCCCACAACAGUCUCCGGUGCAGAAGCGGCGGAAGAAGGCGGACAUGCACGGGGAUUCACUACCUGCUACGCCGACCGUGCGGUCAAGGUCGUCUCGCCCUCGCGCUGACCAGUUCUGUGUUUAUAAUACAGGGCCAGAAAGAGCUAUACCCGCGUUCAUCAUUGAAUACAAAGCACCACAUAAACUCACGUUGGCCAUCAUAGAGGCUGGCCUCAUGGAGAUGGAUGUUGACGAUGUGGUUAUAUAUAAUGAGAGUGAUGAUCCUGUGAAGCUUGCUCAGCGAAGGGUAGCUGCAGUCAUCUCACAGGCUUUCUCAUAUAUGAUUCAGGCCGAACUUGAGUUUGGAUAUGUCUGUACUGGUGAAAUGUUUAUAUUUCUCCGUGUGCCCUCUGAUGACCCUGCUACAGUGUAUUACUAUCUUUCUACGCCAAAUGAAGACGUCGGAGAAACCACUGGCUGGGCUGGCGAGGACUCAGCUAACAGGCUACAUCUUACGGCCAUCGGUCAGGUUCUAGCCUUUACCCUUCGGGCCUUGAAGUCGCCGCCACGCGGUCAAGUCUGGCGCAAUAAUGCAGAGGCACAGCUAAAGCGAUGGGAGAUCGAGCAGGAUGAUAUCCUCUUUGGAUUGGAUAUUGAGGAGAGUACUGGCAAGAAACUGUCAGAUUACAAGCAGGAUCGGAAGAGUAGAAAUGAAUAUAUCCGGGUAUCGCCGAUCAAAACAAGGUCAAAGUCAAAAGGGUUGGCCUCGUGCCGUGACCCCGAAAGACCGAGAGGCUCAGAGCCCAGUGACGACGGCGAUGACGACGAUAGUAGUGGAAGUGGUGGGUUCGACCCCGGCAGCCCAAGCAGUGGGCUUCCUCGCCGUGCCUCCAACGUCACGGCAGUCACAAAACCUCCGCCCACGGGAAGCAGGGAGCAUAAAUACAGUAUGGAACCGCCGAUAGAGCCGACGCAGUUCUGCACCCAGAAAUGCCUCUUGGGCCUGUUUAACCGCGGGCCCCUGGAUCAAAAUUGUCCACACGUCGCCAACCACGGUGUUGAACGGCACGCCAUUGAUGACCGUGAAUUCCGCAGACUAGUCCGUGCACAAAUUCUGGCCGACUCUGGUCCUUCAGGCUGCGAAUCUAUGCACCUCCACGGGACCAGCGGGGCUUUGUUCUGGCUUACACUGUUCCCAUACGGGUAUACCCUUGUAGCAAAGGCAAUGCCAGUUGAAACAGUCAAAUGUGCACUGUAUGAAGAGCGGAUAUACCAACACCUCCGUCCGAUUCAAGGGAUUUACGUACCUGUCUGUCUGGGCAGUGUUGACAUAUCCAGCCGGCCGCUAUGGUACGAUGGCAUCUUCGAAGUAGUUCACUUACUGCUUCUCGGCCACGCAGGACGGCUUGUCAAGUUCCACGCUGGUGCUAACAACCUUAGAGACUUUGCACCUUCUGCAUGCGAGUCUCUACGGGCGAUCCAUAAACAACAUGCCCUGCAUCGGGACGCACAUAGCGGCAACAUGUUUUGGAAUGCAGAGAAUAAACAGGUGAUGUUUGUCGAUUUUGAGCGUGCGAGGGUCGUGAAUAGCAGAAAGACGAAAAAGAGGAAACGGGGGGCACUCCCGCUUUCUAGCCACGGUAAUACCGAAUUUGAACGGGAGAUAAAGUCGGUAGAAAGACAUAUGGGGUUUAGAUAA